AUGAACUACGUGAACGGAAACUCGUCUUCUGUGCCCACUGGGCCCAAAUCUUACCAGGGCAACGGUCGUGGAAACAACAAUUACAAUGCCAAUGCCAAUGCCAAUCGUCAACGGAACAAUAGCAACAACAACUAUCAACGAAACAGAACUUGGAAUGGCAAUGGCAAUGCCAACCAGGGGAACAACUAUCGGAACGGCAAUGGCAACGGCAACGGCAACGGUGGCCAGUGGACCAAUCAUCGAAAUGGUGGAAACAAGCACUGGAAGAACAACAACAAUUACAACGUGAAUGGCAAUACCAAUGGCAAUACCUAUGCCAAUGGCAACCAGUGGAACAACGGUCACAACAAUCAGAACGGCAAUGCCAAUGGAAACCAGUCGAGCAACCCUCGCAACAACAACACUGGUAAUCUCAAUGGCAACCAGUGGAACACUCGCAAUGGCAAUGGCAACGGCAAUGGAAACUACAAGGGCAAAAACUUCAACCCCAAUUACAAGGGAAAGAACUAUAACCCCAACUACUCUCGUGCCGGACCGCCUGUGCCUGCCCCACAACCCAUGCCUCCUACAAAUUACAACAUCGACAUUGAGAUGGCUGAGGCGCCAUCGGACGAGCCAAAUGACAUCGAGAUGCCCGACGCACCACCGCUACCAGAUCCAAGGAUCGAAGCCUUUACCAUGGGUGCCCUUGCAGUCAAGGAAAUUGCCGAAACCAUGCUCAGGAUUGCUACUCAGUUGGACCCCAACAAUAGCUACAUCCCCGAGUGA